AUGACUACUACUAUCCCGAAUAUUAUCACUACAACAGUAAAAAUGGUGCUGGAGGAAACGGAGUUGGAGAUGAAGAGAGAGGAUGUGUUGCUGGCGGCGGCGAUUAUCUUUUUUGUCGCCUUCUUCGGACUAAUCUUCAACCUCCUCGGGAUUACUGUAGUUAUGAAGAACCCAAUUCUCAAAAACUCCUUUGGAACGCUUUGUCUAUCCCAUUCGAUUGCUAAUUCCGGUGUACUUUUUGUAUUCUUCAUUUGGUCAGCACCGGCGACUUAUAUACAGGCUCAGAACACGAGCGGAAUGAUUAGCAAGUUACUCGGACAAUUGAAUAUAUUGUGCUGGGAUGCUUGUGUGUACUCACAUUUGGCUAUUAGUUUUAAUAGAUUCUUUUCAAUUGCGAUUCCGGCGAGGGCAAGUUUCAUAUUCUCUCGUCACAACACUCGCGUCAUCAUCGCCAUCGUCUGGUUCAUUGCGUUCUGCCAUAUUUUCCCCUAUUUUUGGUACAAUGAGUGCUACAUCACCUAUGACGCUAUUUCAUGGACCUGGAAUUUUGCUCCAACACGGUGUGGGUUCAUCAUCUCCACGUACACCGACUACUAUACAAGUGUUGCCAUUUUCAUUGCGAUGAGCUCCGUGGAUUUCAUGACAUUGAUCCUUCUUAUCAUCCACCGCAAGCAUAGCCACUUCACGUCAUCAGAUGAAUCCGUUAAGCGACGGAAAGUGGAAAUCCGAUUCUUCAUGCAAUCGUGUCUUCAGGGAAUUCUAUUUUUCUAUGAAAUAUUUAAUUUUUAUUAUGUUUCCACACUGAACACAAAUCAAUGGUUUGUCUUCAUGACAUCCACGUUCGCCUGGGAGAUUUGUCAUUGUUUGGAUGGAUUCGUCGUCGUUCUAUUUCACUUCCGCCGUCGGAUUUUCCUAGCAAACUCUAGUCCGCACGCGCCACGAUCCCAGACUAAUCAUGCUCAGCAGCGAGCACCCGCCGCACCCAUCACUUCUUUCAAGUCCACUAAAAUUAGUCUGCUAUAG